GAUUUGCUAAACAAAAUGGCCGCUGAACGUAGAAAGGCGUGUCGCGGAUACUCCUGAUAUUCGCCUUCUCGGAAACCAUUGAACUUCAGUGAAAAGUUUACGUGUAUUAUACUGGUUCGUAACUUUGUUUUGUGAUUAAUAUAAGGUGAAUAUAGUAUUUGAUGUUGGAUGUCCAGCCUGCUGUGUUCGAGGAGCGUCACCCCAUCGUCUAUACUAUGGAGGAUACCAUACAGCCGCGUAUGGCCUGUACCGUGAGGCCUCGCCGCGUGUGCUCGGAGGCUGCAUGUUCGCCUCGCGUGGGCCCGUGUCGAUCGCGGUCGCUUCGCCCCUUGCGAAGCCUUCGUCCGCCCGCGCGCCGCUUUCGCAUUCUAAGUAUGUCGGUUUUUACAGCGGCGCUGCCGGGUUUCGCGUCUGCCCGCCGCCUGGCACCGGGGCUUCGCCCCCCGCGUCCCGCCGCGCGCGUUCGGAGCCCUUGCUCCAUCCGAUCCUUGAACGAAGUCGUUCAGGAUGUCGUCCCGACGGAACGGGUCUGUGUCCCGCGCCGCGGAGGCUGCUUCCAAGAACCGGCUUCAUAUGGAUAGGAAUCCGCAACACUCGAGGAUCACAGAUCCAUCAAAUCCGGCCGGUCGCCGGAAGGAAAUAGACAACGUGAUGAAGCGAGCCCGCCAGGCGUCCCCGGGCAGUUGGGACCGGAAACUCUUGGAAGUGGAGGAGAAGGACCCGAAUCGGUGGCGCCACACGGGAUACAAACAGCUGUACCUCGAUGGGUCCAAGUCACCGUCGCCCAGGAGGUCUCGAUCCCCGGCCGUUAGGCGAUCCAGGACGCCGCUACCGAGCCGUCGGUCCAGGUCUCCGUUGGGUCGCCGGUCCCGCUCGCCCGUGGGGCGUCGGUCGCCGCGCAAGUCGCGCUCCCGCUCCGCCAGGCGAAGCCCUAGGCGCAGUCCUAGAAGGAGCCCGAUUAGACGCAGCCCGGGCCGCAGUCCCCGUCGUCGCUCCCCCCGUGCGCCGCUGCCACGUCGCGACGCUCGACGUCCGCCGCCAACCCGCCCCGCCAGGCCGCCGUCACCACCAGACCCUAGGAAGUCGUCAGGCUCCGGUUCGUCAGUAAGCAGCUGCUCGGACGAGUCGUGCUCCGUCUGCUCAGCCAAGAACAAGAAGACCGCCCCACCACAACCACCCAAGGGCGUGAAACCCAUUCCUCCCGCCACAUCCCCGGCCCGUGCAGCGGCCAGACCCGCGGCACGAGCGGUGCAACCCACUCGCGAGCUGCUGAAGGCACGCGAGGCGAGCAAGCGGACCAGGGAGGAAAAGGUAUUGGAAUGGCAACGCACGCAGAUGGCAGUCCGUCCGCCCGUGGCCGCCACCCACAUCAAGCGCGAGGGCGAGCGGCGCGCCGCGCCCCCGGCGCCCCCCGCGCCCCCGGCCGGGGCGGGCCGCGCGCCCCGCCGCGAGCCGCGCGACCCCCGCGCCGUGUCCCCGGCCGCCAUCGCCGCCGCGCUCAACGAUACCGACUCGGAUUCUGAAUCUGAUGCCAGCUCGGAUCCGCAGCCGCAAAGGCUAACUCUAUCCGAGCGCUUCGGCAAGAUGGCGCAGUGGUCGGCGGACCGGUCGGCGCGGCUGGAGAACAUGCGCAUCACGCGGCGUGAGACCACGCUCCACGUGCGCAUCGAGCGGGACGAGACCGCCACCCCGGCUCCUACCGCGCCGCAACCCUACCCGGCCCUGGAAGGCGCUGCAGCAGGCAGCUACCCUGAAGAACUCCUGCUGGCGGCUCCAGCUGGGCUGCCUUCCUGGGAUGAUGUACGGGUGCGGUACGACUACUACAAGAAGCGGGGUUAUCUCAGAGGUCUGACGCUGGGUGACUAUGUGAAGUGGGAGGAAUGGUGGUACAAGUACCAGGAAUGGCUGAAACACGAACGUGCCUACGAGAGGUGGGCCGAAGGAGAAGUUGGGACGGUACGUCGCGAGAGGCGACGUAGAGGCGGGCGCCACAGAAGGAGCUGAGGACGCGCCGCCCCCGCUGCCGUCCUGUCCGUGGACUUGGCAGCGGGGGCACUCCCCGACACAAUCUAGGGGAGGCCGGACACUAUACAGUGCCAACUUAGUGAUAUAGUGCUAGUGACAUAGUGUACAGUGAAAUAAGUUUUAUACAAAGCGUACGGACACACCUCAAUGUGAAACACGCUUUAAUAAGCAUCUCUAAAUAAAAUCCUCGUGGUAACUGCCACGAGGAUACCGAGUUGGAACGCUUCUAGUGAGAUUGAUUUCUUGGUCAGUUACUAGUACAGCUUGAAGUUGGCUCCGGAGUGUUUCAUUAACUGACCGUGUGAUCUACUGAGUCAGUGAACGGAGUCAGUGUACGAUACAGUUUUAAGAUGGACUGACUACAAUCACAGCUUGGUCAGAAUGGAAAAAAGCGCUUCAGUGCGAUGGCGAGCCUGACUCGAAGCUGUAAAAUCGUUGAAUUUAUCCGGUAUACGUUUGAUUACUUCGGUCGUAACACGGGCGCUCGGAAGUCACUAUUUAGUGCGUAAGUUAGUGCCAAAAACUAUUAAAAAAAACUUUGAAUUUCGUAUGUGGACGCUUCAAGUGCCAGUCGGUCUACGGAAGUCAUUUCUUAAUGCGUAAGUUAGAGCUGACUAUACGAAAUUCUCGUACUCAACAGAUGUUUAAAUGGACGCUUUGAAAGUGCCCCUGCAGUAUGGAAGUCACUAAUGGUGCGUAAUUACUGCAGGCUACCGUUAGUUCGAAGAACUAGAGCCGCGAAUCAAAUAGGUUAAGCACCACGGAAGUCACUUUUAGUGCGUAAGCUGGUGCAAAUUAACUUUUAAGGUAGAAAUCUUAAAUCGAUGUUAUAGAGUGUAAGAGAACGGACACUUAAGUGCCAAGAAUUCUGUGAAACAACCACCGAGUAACCAGUUAACAGCUUUAUGGUGAUGGUAAUGUUGAAAAUGGAUUAUCAUAGCCUUUAAUGGUAAAAUUUUACUCUUACAUGUAUAUUUUAUAACUAUGUAAUAAGAUUUCUGUAUAAAGGUUCUGUCUGUCUGUCUAUCAGCGUUUCCCGUGUGGUGACGUUCGAUACAUCUUAUUACACGGACAUGAUAUGGCUAAGCGUACGUCAAUCUACGGUAAACGCUUCUUCUAAUGUAAAGGAAAUACAAUAAUCGGAUGUAAAAUGAACUUAGAUAAUGUUUUGGCAUCUUCAAUACCCCAUGGGGAAGCCAAAACAUGGUCUAGUAUGCAAAUACAAUUAAUUUGACAAUCAUAUUGGCAAAAAAAUUAUGUGCAAUUACGAUGAUGAGGUUGAAAAACCUACCGACUAGGUUUGGGAGUCUGCACUGUGUCUCAAACGAGAUCAGAGCCCUGACUACCAGUAAAGACUGUAAAUAUAGCCUUUUUAGACAUCUAGGUAACACGGUUCAGAUUGGGUCGACUUACUCCCCAUAUCUGUACUAGAAACUUAAGUUGCCUAUGUCGGUAAAAUCAUUUUAGUUGCACAUAUAUCCUGGAAAUAGAAAAUUCAAAAUCUGUUUCGUAAUAUUAUAUGUGUAGAUGUUUGUAUAGAUGUCUUUGAAAGUCGAAAUGGAUUUUGUUUUAACCGAAAAUUUUAUUUAGCGUUUUUGUAAAUUGAAAAAUUUGGUUUUUUGGGUCAUGUAUGCUUGUCUAGUCAAUUGUAUUGACUGUGAUGAGCUAUCGCGAGUCUGAUAGGCUUCAAUAUAUGUAAACGCUAAAUAUAAUUUGCAAUUACUAAAAACUGACGAUCAAAUUACCUAGUUUUAAGUUGACUAUCAUGGUGAAAAUCUUCAAAAAAUCGAUUCUCUUAUAUUUUACUUAUAAAUAAUUCGGAUUAGUUCAAAAAGAAAUUUGUUUUUUCUAAGAACAUUUCGACUUAUGUAAAUAUGAAUGUGAACGGUGUCUGAAAAACGUUAAAAAUGAAAAAAAUAAUGUAUGUUUAUUUUUAAUUUUUAUUUUUUACAAUUAUAAUUAUUAGUUAAUUAUUUUUGGCCGAAUUGUGGAUCUGUCUACCCUUUUUAAGGGUAUAUAUGCAUGUAAUGUGAGUUGAUCUCACACAAAAGACCCAUAUGGUAGUAAAUAUGGCUUUUUAUAUAACAAAAUAAACCUUUAUAUAAUGUUAAAAUAACAUUUAGCUUCGUUUUAGUUAUAUAUUUUAGUUUUAACGGCCAAUGUCAAUAUAUAAAUGAUAUAUCAAUUAAAAAUUAAUUGCCUCAUAAAAAUUUAACUUAUGGGUCUUCAAAUACAGAAUUUAAUCCCUCCAUUAAAAUAUGGAGACACAGUAAAUCAUGAAAUAGAACUAAAAAUAUUUGGAAUCUGAAUAACCGGGCGUCGAUAAGGAGUAACGGAUACAAAUCAUUGUAUUUUUAUUAUUUUAAUUUAAAUUUUAUUAGAAGUACAAUUUUCUAUAUUUAUUUUCAAAUGUUUUAUUUACACUCUGUGUAUGAUAGGUGUAGUAUUAGAAUUAAGUAUGUAUGUUUGUCUGUAUUUUAUGUUUGUUCAUGCUUAGGACAGGCGCCAGUACAUAGAGCUAUCCGAAACUAACAAAAUUAUUUAAUAUUUAAACUAGCGACUCGCCCCAGCUUCGCAUGGGUGCAAUGGUGAUAUAUUAUGCAUGUAUUAUACAUAUAAACCAUUCUAUC